GUUAAGCUACAUAAAAUUUUCAAAUUAAUAUGAUUUGCAGCAUAUUCUUGUAUACAUUUUAUAGUCUGUCUCAUGUUACAGUUUCCAGCCAUUUUUUAUGAAUUUUUAAGAUAAUACCAGUACAAAUACCUGACAAAUUGAAACAAGGGGAAAAUUAUAUAUUUGUCAUUUACAAUUUGAUUCUUCACUAUUUUUACCUGAAAAAAUUAACAUGAAAGAAAACUAAUUAAUAAUGGAAAAUGUUUAAAUCUUUCUCCAUUCCAAAGUAUUUGGGACACCUUGCACACUUUUUCAACUUACUCAUCUUGGUACUCUUCAUUUUGUUUGCAAUGCAACAUACCGGCAGACUUUCUUAUUUUGGUUGUUUAUUAAAACUCUAAACAGAAGACGGGUGUUUAAGAGCAGAAAAUCCGGACUUUUUCAUUUCAGUAAAUUGACUGAUUGGUAAUUGGUUUAAAAAGGUAUUAUGAUUGAUUGAUAAUCAAAAUAUUAAGAAAAAAAAAUGGUGGAAGCAGAGACUUCAGACAGAAUAUAAUACAUAACUGUGUGUUUUUAUAUUUUCCCUUAACAUUGUAUUUUAUGAAAAUAAAUAUUUCAGAAAUGCCAGGUUCUAGUAAAAAACACUAUGGCUGUUUCAACUGUCCUAAAAGAGUAAGACAGAAGGAUAGGCACAUAAUUUCGUCUAGAAGUAGAGCUUUUAUUGCCAAAUUAACAGGAAGGACUCCAUCACACAGUGACUUUCUCUGUAACAAAUGCAGAUGUAUGUGCCAGCAUCACAUCAAAAACAAAACCAGUAUCCCAAGCAGGGUACAGCAGGUUCCAGCACAAUCCACUGAAGCUCCUCCAUUCAGUCCUCCAUCCAUUCCUCUCCCAUUUCCCAGCACAUCUAGAGGACACGCUUCAUGCUGCAUGUGCAAGCGCCAGGGUCCAAAGCUGGUUGUAGUUCCAGUAGGUGUAAGAAAUCACAUCUUCAUCACUUAAGAGGUCAUCAUCCCUGCUGGAGCUGGCUGCUGUCCAAACCACCUACAACAGAACAUAGACGAUUUCAAUCCUUUAUCUGAUUCUACUUUGUUUAAUAAGACAGGAAUCACAGAACUAGUUAAGUUUUUGCGGAAUGAGGUUUUAAAGAAGGAGAGAACGAGAUUAGACUUUGAUAGCAGCGGGAAUCUUGCUUCAACAGAUUACCAAAGUCUGCUUGGAAUUCCAAAAUCAGCCUUUGAGGACUUACUUAAGUAUGUUGAGGGGAAAGUGAAGGUCACUCCAGUAAGAACAGUGCGGACAACCUUAGCCAUAUUUCUAAUGAAAUUAAGAGGAGGGGAGUCAAAUCGAAUUCUGUCCACUCUAUUCAACAUAUCCAAAUCCAGUGUACAUAGAGGUGUGAAAUCAAUACGGACAGCACUGAUGAAUGGUUGAUUUGUAGCCGAAAAUCUGGGAUUUGGACAUGUUACCAGGGAACAGAUAAUUCAGGAGCACACAAGGCCUUUGGCCCAGAUGAUUCUUGGUGAUACAGUUUCCCAGCCAGCAAUACUUGUACUUGAUGGUACUUAUAUAUAUAUAUAUAUAUAUACACAAAAGUGGCAAUUUAAAGUUUCAACGACAGUCAUUCAGUCUUCACAAAGGACGGCCACUGGUGAAGCCAAUGAUUAUUGUAUCCACAACAGGUUACUUUGUGUCAGUACUGGGUCCUUAUAUUGCUAGAAACAAUGAUGCUACAAUCCUUAACCACAUAAUGCACAGCAACCUUGAGGACAUUCGGAGCUGGGUACAGGAGGAGGCCAUAUUUGUGGUUGAUCGUGGAUUUAGGGAUUCCUUGGACUGUCUGGAGCAGAUGGGGAUUAAUGCCAAAAUGCCAUCGUUCCUGAAAAAAGGAGAUAAGCAGAUGUCGACAGAAAAUGCAAACACCAGUCGAUUAGUGACAAAAAUACGUUGGGUUGUUGAGUCUGCUAACGCUAGGAUCAAGCAAUGGCGUUACCUAAGACACAUCCUACCUUCCAGUCAAAUUCCCUACAUUGGUGACUUUGUCAGGAUUGUAUGUGCCAUUUGCAAUAGAUACCUAAAACCCCUUGCUAGUGGAGACACUGAAGAAGACCAGGCCCUUGGUGCAAAAAUGGUUUUUCUUUCCAAGCAGGUGAAUACCCUUCAGCAACAUGUAGAAAAAAACCAUCUAGACAGACGAUCAGUAUGCUGGAAGGAGGUUGAUGACUUAAUGGACUUUCCAAACAUGGAUGAAGAACAACUUAGAGCCAUCACAUGCGGUGAAUACCAACUGCUUCUAUCACCAUCCUACGCCCAAGAACAGGUAGAGGGAGACUGCAACAUCCAGGUCCACAGAGAGGAGCCAGGCCUUCUUCGUGUAAAACUGCAGAGUCGUCACGUGUCAUCAAGAUCCUACCUAUUGUGGAUACAGUAUGGUGAGGGUGAAGUCAAGGCUUGGUACUGCAAGUGCAGGGCUGGUGCUCGUGUUGUGGGUAUGUGUUCCCAUGUUGAUGCCAUCCUUUGGUAUCUGGGGCAUGCUCGCCAUCAAAGAGAUGAGAAACUGGGAGUGCGAGACUGGGGAGAGUUUGUUGAUGAUGCCACACUGGUGGAUGACUCUGACAGCUCCAAUGAAAGUGAUGAAAGUGGACCAGAGGAGUAG